AUGUUCAAUUUCUUGUUCUCGUGUUGUGUUCGUCAGCGUCGGCGCGACCCAACGGUUCCUGAUGAACGCACCUUUCUCAUUCCCGCCACCACCAUAAGCGAGACUCCUACGCAAGUACCUCAGCCGCGGGUGGUUGACCAUCAGAAGCUAAAAGAGCGGUUGGGUACCGUCGUGCGGUCAAAAGAAGGAAAAAUGGUCAAUGUAAAUGCCGCCUUCCCAUUUAACCUCCACAACCAGUCACUUGGCGACCCUCCCUCUCGUAGUGUCUCAGGCGGGACCCUGGAUAGCAGUCGGCACGCCUCGCGAUCCCCUGCACGUCAUUCGCUACACACGAGGCAUUCGAGCACUUCACUACAGCGGGAUGCGGAAGGUUCCGCUUCUCAGAGCAAUGACGCAGUGGAAGGAAGAGGCGAUCCGCAAAAGCCGAUAUUAAAUGUCAGGCUUGUAUCAACUCCUGUGAGCAACGGUGCGAACAGGGCAAUUAAUAGCAUCUCUCGGGGGCGACCAGGGCGUGGGAUCGAACAUGGACGAGUGAUGGUUGUCAAUGCUGACCACAUUUCUCAUCCUGACGAGGACGUCGAAGAACAUGACCAUGUGGCCGAAGACAGUGAUGCGCUAACACCUUGUCCACAAACGCAAAUGUCUGAAGGGGAUGCAGAUAAGUUGUCUGAUACCGACCCCUCCAAGCCGUCUCCUGAUGUCAAUGUCAUACAUACCGAGGAUUUUACGAUUCGUGACGCUGGUGCUAUAUCACGUUCCUGGGGGGACUGAAUGCUCCGAUCUUUUGUUCUAAAAUCUGCAUGCUCACUCCGGAACUUGGUCGUCCAUGUAAGGUAGUACAUUACCCUUACAUGUAUUUCCGAGUACUGCAAGGAUUGUUCCGCACAGUCGAUCUGCCGGAUCUAAAUUCAUGCUACAUCUGGUUGGUAUUUAUACCAAAAGUUCCGGUCCGAUUCAUUGGUCAAUGUUUUCGUCGGAGCCCAAGUAGGAUGAGAGUCACACAGUUAUCUUGGAUUGAAUGAUUGGACGAUACACUGAAAUAACUGUGCAGAUGUGACCAUGAAUUCCCU